AUGGCGGCGGCGGCGGCGGCGGCGGCGGAGGAGCGGAUGGCCGAGGAGGGAGGCGGAGGCGGCGGCGGCCACGGCGACGGCGGCUCCGCUCCGUCCGUCGGCUCUGCCCCGCGGCUGCCCCCGCCGCCCCCGGACCCCGCCCCGCAGCCGGGCUCCCAGACGCCCCCCGGCCCGGCGCUGGCUCCGGACCAGCUGCCGCCCCACAACACGCUGGUGGCGCUGCCCAUCGUGGCCAUCGAGAACAUCCUCAGCUUCAUGGCCUACGACGAGAUCAGCCAGCUCCGCCUGGUUUGUAAAAGAAUGGACUUGGUUUGUCAAAGAAUGUUAAAUCAGGGAUUUCUAAAAGUGGAGAGGUACCAUAAUCUAUGUCAGAAACAAGUUAAAGCACAACUCCCAAGGAGAGAGUCAGAAAGGAGAAACCAUUCAUUAGCUCGUCAUGCUGAUAUCCUUGCUGCCGUUGAAACAAGGUUGUCACUAUUAAACAUGACUUUCAUGAAGUAUGUGGAUUCUAAUCUCUGUUGCUUCAUCCCCGGAAAGGUCAUCGAUGAGAUUUAUUAUGUAUUGAGAUAUGUCAAUUCUACCAAAACCCCUCAGCGAGCUCAUGAAGUACUUCAGGAGUUAAGGGAUAUUUCCUCCAUGGCCAUGGAAUACUUUGAUGAAAAGAUUGUUCCAAUUCUAAAGAGAAAAUUACCAGGAUCAGAUGUGUCUGGAAGACUCAUGGGCUCUCCUCCAGUUCCAGGACCUUCUGCAGCCCUAACAACAAUGCAGCUCUUCUCCAAGCAGAACCCUUCAAGACAAGAGGUCACCAAACUUCAGCAGCAGGUGAAGACAAAUGGUGCUGGCGUGACAGUUCUCAGGCGUGAAAUUUCUGAGCUUCGCACCAAAGUGCAAGAGCAGCAGAAACAACUUCAAGACCAGGACCAGAAACUGCUAGAGCAGACCCAGAUCAUAGGUGAACAGAAUGCACGAUUGGCAGAGUUGGAGCGAAAGCUACGAGAGGUGAUGGAAAGUGCUGUAGGGAAUUCCUCCGGGUCUGGACAGAAUGAAGAUUCUCCCCGGAAGCGGAAAAAGGCAGCAGAAGCCAUUGACUCUCCUAGAAAAUCGAAACGUCUCCGGAAUAGAAAGUAAAUUGGAGUGUGGUUCUAGCUCCAGAGGAAGACCUUGGCUUAGUGGCUUACGCACUUCUGCAUAUCAGGAUACCAUGAACCACAUGGUGUCCCUUAGGCUUCUGGGCUCUCAGAACACAACUUAAACUUUAACGUUGAUGGUUGGGACUAUCUUUCCCUGCUUCUCUUGGUUGAACUGAUGCACAGAAUCUUUAUUUUGCAAUUGAUUUGUAUUAACCAGACUUGUUCUAUCAUAUUUUGAGGAGUUAACUUUUUCCUGUGCAGAAGGUUUAAGUUUGUUUCUGCAUAUAUGCACAUUACAUAAGGAUCUUAAACGAAACCAGUC